AUGGAAACUCUUUCUGUGAAUGACCUGGAGGCAGUGAAGCGCGUUGUGGAGUAUCUGCGCCAUCACCCGGAGGAGCUUCACCGGGACGAACUUCAAGAAUUUCGUGCCUAUCUGGUUUCCCUUGGCGCAUCUCUGCCCCAGCCCCGAACGGAAAGCAAAGAACCGACAAAGGAAGAAGAAAGCGAUGAAGAGCUGAAUACAAGUGAACCGGAUGAUGAACGAUGGGAGUUGGAGAAGGACAUAUCGGAUGAUAAUAUUCCGCUUUCCACCAGCGCAGAUCCCACACCAGAGGAAGAGGAAAAGGCUGCUGAACUUAAGGCUGCAGCUGCAGAGUCUGCCAGCCAGGGAAAUAAGGAAGAGGCGGUUGAGAAGAUGGGAGAGGCAUUGCGAUUGGUUCCAGGUAAGGCAAUGUACUGGUCGCAGCGGGCAAGUUACUUGCUUGACUGUGCACGACCUGGUGCUGCGUUACGUGAUGCCAGCCGUGCCCUUGAUAUUAAUCCUCAAAAUGUUCGUGCAUUGCGUGUUCGUGGCACUGUUAAUCGUCACUUGGGUAAGUGGGAAGAUGCACUGAAGGAUCUCGGUGAGGCCCAAACGAUUGACUACGAUGAACAUAUUGACGGACUUCUAAAGUUUGUCAAAGAAAGGUUAAGUCGACGCCGUCAGGCACUGCGCGAGAAGCAAGAGAAGGAAGAACGUAAACGAGAAGAGGCUAUUCGUCGACAACGUGAACAGGAGCAGCGUGAAAGAGAACAGGAAAGCUCGCAGAAGCAUGGACAAGAAACCGGUGGAUUCCCUGGUGGUGCUCCUGGUGGCUUCCCUGGUGGUUUCCCUGGUGGUGCUAUUCCUCCAGGAAUGGAAGAACUGUUGAACGAUCCAGAAUUUAAGACAGCCAUGCAGGAUCCAGAAGUGGCAGCGAAGUUAGCCACACUUAUGCAAAACCCCAUGGCUGCCAUGCAAAUGAUGGGUGAUCCAAAAAUGGGACCUCUUAUGCAGAAGAUGAUGUCCAAGAUGAUGGGAGGAGGUGGAUUCCCUGGUGGAUUCCCAGGUGGUGCCCCUGGUGGAUUCCCUGGUGGAAAGAGCUCGAACGCGAAUACACAUUCCAACGACGAUUUAGACUAA